AUGACUCAAAGUGAGCAAAACUACGCACAGAUAGAAAAAGAGACAUUGGCAAUUGUGUUUGCAUGCGAGCGCUUCCACGAAUACACCUACGGCAGACCAAUCACGGUACGUUCAGACCACAAGCCACUCAAAGCAAUCUUUUCAAAACCACUAUGCAGGGCUCCUCCGCGCUUGCAAAGACUACUGCUCAGGCUCCAGCGAUAUGAGCUAAGUGUUGACUACACACCAGGAACGGAUAUUCCCGUUGCAGAUGCUCUUAGCAGAGCAUACCUGGAAAGUAAACCCACACCAGAGAUAUCGGAGCAAGACAUGAACUGUCAUGUGCACUCAGCUCUGCACAACCUGCCAGUAUCAGAUUCCAAGCUACUAGAAUUUAAACUCGAGACUGCUAAGGAUCCUACUCUUCAAGAGCUGAAAAACAUAACUGCCAAUGGUCUUCCAUCCAACAAACAACUCAUCCCUGAUGCUGUCAAGCCAUACCUGACAUUCAUCGAUGAAAUAUCAGAAGCUGAAGGAAUCCUCCUUAGAUCAAACCGCAUCAUAGUACCCUCCUCAAUGAGACGUGAGAUGAAAGCAAGAAUUCACGAGGGACACUUAGGAAUUGAGCGAUGCAAAACGAGAGCAAGAGAAGUGAUCUUUUGGCCAGGGAUGGCUACAGAAAUAUCUGUGAUGAUUUCCCGCUGUGAAACAUGCCUAGAAUCAAGAAAACGACAGCAACGCGAACCACUUAUGCCACUACCACCAGCUCAUCAUGCCUGGAGCAGAGUAGCAUGUGACUUAUUCUACAUGAAUGGCAAGGACUAUUUACUAAUUGUCGACUACCAUACUAGUUUUCCAGAAGUAAGUCUACUUUCAGAAACUACCUCUGCCGGAAUAAUCAAGCACACAAAGUCAAUAUUUGCAAGACACGGUAUACCAGACACAGUAGUCACAGACAAUGGACCACAAUUCGCUUCGAAGGAAUACCGAGACUUCGCCAAGCAAUGGGAAUUUCAACACGUCACCUCAAGUCCUGUUCAUCCGAGGUCCAAUGGCAAAGUCGAGCGCAAAGUACAAACAGUCAAGACCCUCUUGAAAAAAGCCAUUAAGUCUGGUGAUGACCCAUACCUAGCCCUACUUAACUUCAGAGCCUGCACAAGCGCUGACGGUACUCCAGCUCCAGCAGCCAUGUUAAUAAAUAGGAAACUAAAGACUCGCCUACCCUCAAUAGAGACCCAAGAAAUCUCCAAGAAAUCUAUAAUACAGAAACAGUACUACGAUAAACAUACAAAAACUCUCCCUGAGAUUUCAGAUGGUUCAAAUGUUCGUCUUCACGAUGGCAAAGACUGGAGAAUAAAAGGACAGGUGAUCCGGAAGGCAGAGACACCAAGGUCAUAUAUCGUUCAAACUGACACCGGAGGCCAAUUACGAAGGAACAGGCAUGAUAUAUUAGUCACUCCUGAACCUGCUGAGAAUUCCCAACCAGAAGAAGUUGAAGAGCCUCAUGUGCACCAUAGUGAGCCUGAGGACACAAGAACAAGCGAGGAUGAACAUUCUACUCCACCCAGCUACGCUUAUGUGACCCGCUAUGGCAGGACUGUAAAACCACCAACUAGAUUCGGCCAAGAUACCUAA